GUUGGUUUGGUCCGUAGUAGGUGGGACUGGCGAUCGGUCUGCACCAGGACGUCGUAGAUCAAUGAACCGAACCGGAGGCUCGCUCGAUACGCUGGUGUACAACAAACUGAGCUAACUGGAUAAAUGUGUCAUCAGCAAAGCAUAAGAGAGGGCACGCACGCUUUGUUCAACUUAAUCAACCCGUUCAGUAUGUCGAUGUUUUAACCAGACGUCUUAUUUUUUAGCCUUACUCGCCGCUUCCGACCAUUUCAUUGGAUCUGCGAUUUUUUUUUGAGGGGGGAGAUCUUGUCUGGAAAUCGAAUAUCUCUAACCUCCAGGAUGAUCUUUGCAAACACGGGCAACCCACUGAAAGCUCCCACUCGCAAGCAGUGGCCCUCCUGUGUGCAGUCAUACCCCAUGACUCCGUCCAGUCCUAGCAGCAGCAGCAACAGCAGCAGCACGGGCUUGGAGCAGCUCAGCAAGACCAACCUGUACAUCCGAGGCCUCCCUCCUGCCACCACUGACUUGGACCUUGUCAAACUCUGUCACCAGUAUGGCAAGAUUCAGUCGGCAAAGGCGAUCCUGGACAAGACAACUAAUAAAUGUAAAGGUUAUGGCUUUGUGGACUUCGACAGCCCAGCGGCUGCUUUGAAAGCCGUGCACGCUUUGAAAACCAGCGGCAUUCAAGCCCAGAUGGCCAAGCAACAGGAACAAGAUCCAACAAAUCUGUAUAUUUCCAACUUGCCUCUGUCUGUGGAUGAAAAAGAGUUGGAGAACAUGCUGCAGCCUUUCGGCCAAGUUGUUUCCACACGCAUCCUUCGCGACUACGGUGGCAACAGCCGGGGUGUGGGCUUUGCCAGGAUGGACACCACCGAGCAGUGUAACGCUGUGAUCUCACACUUCAACGGGAAAUUUAUCAAGAUCGCCUCCGGAGCACUGGCUCCCUCUCAGCCCUUGUUGUGCAAGUUUGCAGACAGCCAAAGGAAGAAACACGCUCACGGUGGAUUUGUUCCCAAUGGACAGACAGGCGAUCUCAGACUAGGCGCAAUGACGCUUACCUAUGAUCCCUCCUCAGCAGCUAUGCAGAAUGGGUACUAUCCAUCUCCAUAUCCAGUGCCCAACAGGAUAAUGACCGUGCAGCCGGCUAUGUCCCCCUACAUGUCUCCGCUCUCUGCUUACCAGGUUCAGAGUCACUCCUGGGUGGCACAUCAGCCAUAUAUCAUGCAACACCCGGCCCCCGUGAUGUCUCCCUCUGUGGAUCCCUCCAUGUCAUUGCAUCCCUCUACUAUGAUUACUCAGCAAAUGGGUCAGCUGUCCCUAGGAAACACUGGAGCAUAUAUUGCAGCCAACCCGGGGGCCCAAGGUGCUUACAUACCACAGUAUCAUCCUCUGCCAGCAGCACCGGAAAGCGGCACGCCACAGCAGCUGGAUUCUUCCACCAACUCGUCCCCUUACAGUCAACUCAGCAAGUAACCACAGGCUCAGCGAUAACUCGGCAAGCCAGAGGGUUGGUGAGAGCGGGCUGAUGACAUCACCGUUUUAGCAGCCCUCUCUGAUUGGACCAGACACACAAACUUUUUUGCACAGCCCUUAUGCUUGUGUUGGAAAACGAGGACAGUGAAAAUGCACUCAAGCAGUUGGCUAAUCACAAAAAAAAAAGAUUUAUUUUGAUAAGAAACAACAUGCUCUUCAAGAUUUUCUCUUUUUUUCAAGAAGGAUUCUCAAAUUCCAGAGGACACUUCCCCGCCCCUACCCCCACCGCAUUAUCCACAGUAUGAUGUGAUUUUACAUGCAUGAGAUUGCGAUGUCCCCCCCACCCCACCUCCCACUUCUAGGUUUUUAUGAUUUUUAUAGCUACGUGCCCCUGCAAAACCUUGUUUGCACUGACUUUUAAAGUUAAAAAAAGGGUUGUGUUUCACAAUUGUCACAGAAUCACAUGCUUGAAAGAGGUGACCAUGUCAUGAAAAGGUGCCUUCCUAACCACCAUCUUCCAGCGUUUCUCAUUGAACUUGAUCAGGUGUCAUAUUACGCAUCAUAAUUCCAUCUGAUUGAUCUCACAGAGGAAGUGCGUCGCUAUCUAGUCUUCUGGUAGCAAUAAUGAGAGUCCCACUGCAAUACUGAGGGCAGGAAAGGAAAAAAAAAUAGUGACAAACUCAAAACAACAGAAUUUUUAUUUUUCUCCUCUUUGGUUUUUGUUUUUGUUUUUUUGUUUAAAUAACUGUCGAAAUGACAUCAAGCAGGAGCUGUGCUUUUUAGAAAUUACACGGAAUUGGCGUACUUUGUGAUGUGUUUUUUGUUUGGUUAUUUUUUUUUGUUUUGUUUUAUUUCCUCUCAUGGUCAGUUUGACCGGUGAUCUACCUCAUGGUUCUGAGUCUGCCGGUGUGGUUGGGUUUGCAGGUAAAGCCCUUUUUUUUCUUUUUUUGUUUUUUUUGGGGUUUUUUUGCACCAGAGUGGAUGAAGCAGAACAAAAGCCACGCUCGGGAGCUGGCCAACUUGGACUUCAAGCGUUAUGUCUCCUCCCACUUGCAGCAUUUUCUCGUCCAUGCUUUUGAAACGUGGUCAUUUUGGCUCAUCUUUACUCCUCAUUACUUAUUGUUGAAGUGUUUUGUUUUUGUCUUGCUCGAGAAAGUGUGUGUAGUUUAGUUUCCAGGCUCCAUUUAGAGCAUAGGUGUCAAACUCAUCUGGCCGCCACUUAUUUGAUUUGUGGCACACUGAAAGCUAAUAGUGUCUUGCCGAAUGGAUUUGUUCUUGUCAUUUUGGGAGAAGAUCUCUCAAAAUUGCAUGUUUCGUCACUUGUUAGAGACGUUACAAGCAUUUUAUAAUAAGCCCCAAAAGUCAUUAUGUAUUUCCUUUUUUUUUUAAAAAUUGUAUCAUUAUGGACAGAUGUGAGGCUGUCGUUAUGUUUUUGUACGCAUAGAACUUCCUUGCCCAUAGCUGGUCAAUUGAUACUGAAGUAACACUGAAGCCUUUGAACAACCUGAAGUCGGUACGGGUUAAGCGUUCUCAUUUUUUGAAGUAUCCAUUAAAUCGAGUGAGCGUUUGUUAAUCUUCAGUUGCAGUGCAGCCAUCCAAGAUAGACUUUGCUUGUCGUUGCACUUUCAUUGGAGGUGGUGGUAGCAGGCCGUUUGCUGCUUUGUUGUCAAGAACAAAUCCCAUUUCAAGGAACUUGUCAUGAAAGCAUAAAUUGUGCUAUGCGUCCGGGCAGUGUGAUGGUAAAGAAAUCUUGUCAAACCGGCUCUGAAUUACAGUUGGGGAUGGGCAAACUUCAGUUGUAGAAUGUUCCUCCAAUGUCAUUUGGCCAGCCAUUGGCAAGUACGUGAUACAAACACUGCUGAAACUUAACCUGUCAAAUGUUGAUGGCCUCAUGUCUCUCCACAAAAUGGACAAAAGUGUAAAGGGACUUUUGGGACGCCAUGCAUACACUGAUCACAAAGAGUUUAGGAUAUUGGGGCUUUCUGGUGAAAUUCCCGCAUGAACCUAAAAUGAAGUAUAAACAGAUGAAUUUAAUUCGAAGAGAACUAUGCCAAAUUAAACCAGGAAAUGUAUUGGUCCAUUUACGGAUCACCCUUGAUGAACUUUCCAUUCAAGAAUAAAACCUGAAACAUUAAAUAGUUGGACAUGUGCAUUCAAAGUAUAUAUUUUCCAAAGCCACUCCUGUGCCUUUCUGUGACGCUUCCAGUACCUCUGUUGCAAUGUUCUGGUGACAACACCAUGUCCCCCAAAGCUCAGUGGCCACAUUGGGCCGGCUUCAGUCCAUUCUUAAAUUGUAACAAAUGCUUAUAGUGUCAUUAGCAAAGCAGCCGUUGCGAAUUUUGCAGAGAACAGCAAGUUGUGCCAAAAAUACUGAAACUUUGAACAGUUGGACAUUUAAAAGUUAAGACAAGGUCAAAUUAAGAUCACCUGUAAAGCUCCGAGUAUUUUAGGUUCAUCCUGAAACUUCACCUGAAGCUCAAUAGCCAAAACUUUCUUUUUUUUUACCCUAGUCUAUUUCCUUGCCACUAUUUUCCAUUCUUCUGAUUUUACGGUUAUAAGUAACUACAAUCACAAUGACAACGAUUGGAAAUUGGGUAAUAUGAUGUGAUUAUACAUUUAAAUCUUUUUCACAGUCAUAACAGCCAUCUCAAGGAAACCGUAACUAUGAUGUGGCCCGUGAUGAAAAUGAGUUUGACACCCCAGAUUUAGUGAAUUAGUUUACUUGAGCUCCUUCAGUAAUUUUCAGCAAAUGAAUGCAGACUCCAUGCAUUCCUUUGAUGAAAGAAUCCACCUUCGUCAAUGCAACACCCCACUGCCCCUGAAAGUUGGUCUGUUGUCAAGGUCACUCUAGGUCAAACCGUUGCUGGAAAGUGAGUGGCACGCUUUGGGAUCUGUUUCUGAUGCUUUAUUUGUUUCAAAAUUGCAAUGAGAAGUCACACGAGUAGUAAUGCUUGAUGGCUAGAUUGGUUGUUUUUUUAAUAUAUAUCUGAAUUGGUGGACAAAUGAGAAAAUAAGUGUUGUUUGCUUCGCUUUUCUCCUCAAGUUCACUUGUUUUAAAAUGAACUCUACGCUAUGACACAUAAAAGAAAAAGGUCAUAGCUAUGACAGUCAGGUUGUACUACUUGGGUACUAAGUACACACAACAGGGAAAUACUUCAGUAACCAAACUUUUACUGCAGGUGAUUUCACCACAGGGAGGGGAAAAUUAAAGAGGGGAGGGUGGGGAGGGGGCUUGGUUAAUCUUGUACAUUUGAUCCUCAUUGUUCGCCCUGUCACCCUCAACUGAUUCAAACAAUCAUCUCCUUGCUCUCUCCUUUGAAAACAUUUGAAACCGUGCUGAAUAAACAACUUCUCUUUCUCUGAU